AGCAGCAGCAGUGAUGCAGCAGCAGCAGCAGCAGUGAUGCAGCAGCAGCAGCAGCAGUGAUGCAGCAGCAGCGCCCUCUGUCUCAGCUGACACAGACGUCACAUAUUAAUGGCGUCUGCUACAUCACUCUUAAGAACUGCAGGUGUCAAUCAGUAUGAAAUGAGUGGGCUGUCAAGGAAACGUAGUCAUGCUGAGACAUUAGUGUCAACAGUAGAUGACAAGAAAGAUUAUAAUCUUGCCCCAUUUACACCAUUGAAGAAACCAACAAAAGGAGGGAAAAACCCAUCUGGCAGUAUGAAGCGCUCUCACCAGCAGGCCUUCUCAGCACCACCUCGUCCUGGGGCAUGGAAGAAGCUUGAUAUUACCCCAGAGUCUCUGGCCAAGCUUGAGAAGGAUAUGACAAUUUGUAAACCAGCGCCAUUUUCGGAUGAUGAAGAAGCUGUGCGAGACAGAAAUGCCUGCAACUACACUCAGAAAAUCACAUUGGAAAUGGCAAGGGCAGGAACAUCUCCACGAGCCAUUAGGGUGUAUGCUGAUGGUAUUUACGAUCUCUUUCAUCAAGGACAUGCUCGGCAGCUAAUGCAGGCAAAAAAUUUGUUCUCUAAUGUCUACCUAAUUGUGGGAGUAAAUAGUGAUGCAAUGACCUCACGAAAAGGGGCGGACAGACGGGACUGCAUGAAUUGUAGAGCACCCUUCUGGCAAGACAGUGAUGGAGUGAAUGAUGGUGAAAGUUUUUCUUUUUCGGGCCACCCUGCCUUGGUGGGAAUCGGCCAGUGUGUUAAAAAAAAAAAGAAAAAAAAAUUGUGGUUUGUGUUAUUGCAGUAUAUAGCUUAUCAUUUUAUGCAUAAAAAGUGUACAAGAAUAUUUUCCUUCCAGGAAAAGAAAUACAGGCUCCAGAAUAAGUUAGAUGACCUUAAAAAGAAAGGGAAAGAAAUGAUUGAAGAUAUAGAAGGCAAACGUACUGAUCUUAUUUCUAAGUGGGAAGAGAAAAGUCGGGAGUUUAUUGACACUUUCCUCAUGCUGUUUGGUCGUGAUGGACGUCUGACUCAGUACCUGACAGAAAAGAAAGACUCUGUCAUGAGUGCUUUGUCUCCUCCAUCAAGUCCCAAAGCUAUUAGUCAUUCAUCAGAGGAGUGUAACAGUCCUCCUGCAAAAACUUCCAAAUUUGAUUUUUCAAGUCGACCUGGUGCAUCACUAGUUGACGAUGACUACUCAGACGAUGACUUAGAGCCAGGGGGUAUGUGAAGAAUGCCGAUGCAUUAUUUUAUACACUCCAUUUAAUGUUAUAGGAUAAAAUUUAUUCUUAAACAUGAUAUAGUUGCAUGAUGACAUUUGACUAUCGGUAUCCUGAAAGAUUUUAGCAAACUUGAUUCAUAUUGCUUGAGUUGUGACCAAACUUCCUGAUUAUUAGCAACCAAAGAGAUAACAUAUUAGGUCAAAGCACUUUUUUUUUUUUUUACAUUGUCGUAUUCCUCACUUGAAAGUGUUUUGGUCUGCAUUAUUUAUUUAUUGAUUUUUUAAAACGUAUAAUAAUGUAUUGUUUUAAUAUUACACUUAUUUGUUCGCAAGAACUGCUCAUUAUAGCAAAUGUUUUAUUUAACAGCAAGAUGUGGUAAUAGUCUUUGCUAAUAGUUGUACAACAAAGUUCACAAGAUAUUCAGAUUGUUGAUGUAAAUAUAAAUAUUAUUUAUACAUUUUCUUAUUUGUGUUCAUAUAUAUUUUUUCCUUUUAUUGUACAGUUAAAACAGCUUUUCAUUUUCUUGUGUUGAUCUGUAGAUCAACAUUGUUAUACUCUCAAAGAUGGCUUUAAUGAUUAUUAUAAACAAUAUUAAUACCCAUUUAUACCUGAAGAAUUGGACUUGUUGAAUACUGAAGUACUUAUCAAGAGACUGUUAAAAGAUUUUUGCACGCACACACACACACACACACACAACACACACACACAGACAGAUAAUGCAAAGAGGUGAAGAACACACAUGCACUUUUUGUACACUUGUGAAUAAUACAGUUUAGUGUAUAUAUCUGUCACAUAAAAUAUUUGUUUCUUUUCUCAUUGUGUAUUAGGAUUAAUUAGUUCGUUCAUGAAAUAUAUAUAAAAGUGCAUUAUUAUUUUGAAAUAUGUCUAAAUUAUUAGUUUCGUUGGUUUAGGAAGUAGAAUACAGAACUGCAUUGAAAUAUGGAGUUCUGAGAGAGUAUUGCCAUCUCUGCUUAUUAUGGAAUAAGAAUUUUUGAAGGCUGUAUAAAGGUAAAUAAUGCAAUACUUAAGACAGAUUAGAAAGACUAUAUUUUUCAAGCUGCACCAAGUCUUUUGUAAAAGUUUCUCUGUGACGUGCAACUCGGAUUCAUGUUGUAGUUCAUCCACGGCUGAUGUUUAAGUAAUAAAGGAUGUUUUAAAUGCAGGAUCCCAUUUUUUUCCAUUUUGAAAUUUAUAAUUAUUUUAUUUUCUUAGUGUGUGUAUCAUAUAGUUUAUGUGAAUUGAUCCUGCAUUAAUAGCACUGUGUACAUCUCCACUUUCAGAUAGUGACUCGCAUUAAGUAUUUGAUAACUGCUAAAUAUUUUUUAUAUCUUUUGGCAUUGACGUUAGUAAAACAAUCACCUCCAGCUUUUACUUAAACUGUAAUAAAUACAAAUAAGGACACUGCAAAAGACUGAACUGGGGGAGAUUUAUUGCCAGUAAUCACAUCAUUGUUACCUGUAGUAUUAGCAGAUUUAAUAGGAAAUAAGCAUUAAUUAAUUAUUAUUAUUAUUAUAAUCAAAAAGAAGCGCUAAGCCACAAGGGCUAUACAGCGCAUUAAUUAAUGGUAUAGGAAAUAUAGACAGUAAAGAAAGUGAAGACUAGAUUUAAAACAUACGGAUAGAUAUGUUGUGUAUCUUUAUGUGUGUAUGCUUCUAGACUGUUGUAUUCUGAGCACCUCUGCAAAAACAGUGAUAAUGUGCGAGUGUGGUGAAAGUGUUGAAUGAUGAUGAAAGUAUUUUCUUUUUGGGGAUUUUCUUUCUUUUUUUGGGUCACCUUGCCUCGGUGGGAGACGGCCGACUUGUUGGAAAAAAAAAAAAAAAAAAAAAAAAAAAUGAUAUACCUUACCUUAAUUUGGAAAAAAAAAGUGUAUAAGAAUACAGCAAAACAAGUCUGUACAAGUAAUUUAGCUUGGGCGAGGGUCAAGGAAAGAGUCGGUCAGUUUCCUGCAAGGAAAGAAAGAAUUAAGAUAUAGAAUAAUGGUCUUGAAAUUAACAGAAAAUUAAUAAGACAUGCUGGAUACAUUUGUGGUCAGGUCAGAGGAAAUUGCAUGUAAAAAAAAUGUUCCAAUAUGUAUAUACAGUGGACCCCCGGUUAACGAUUUUAAUCCGUGCAAGAGGGGUAAUUGUUAUGCGAAAUAAUCGUUAUGUGAAUGAAUUUUCCCCAUAAGAAAUAAUGGAAAUAAAAUUAAUCCGUGCAAGACACCCAAAAGUAUGAAAAAAAAUUUUUUUUACCACAUGAAAUAUUAAUUUUAAUACACACAAACUGAAAAAGGCAUGCACACUUACAUGACACUUACUUUUAUUGAAGAUCUGGUGAUGAUUGAUGGGAUGGGAGGAGGGGAGAGCAUUAUCUUCUUACUGUUUAGAAGGGGAAUCCCCUUCCAUUAGGACUUGAGGUAGCAAGUCCUUUUCUGGGGUUACUUCCCUUCUUCUUUUAAUGCCACUAGGGCCAGCUUCAGAGUCACUGGACUUCUUUCGCACAAGAUAUCUGUCCAUAGUGGCCUGUACCUCUCGUUCCUUUAUCACUUCCCUAAAGUGUUUCACAAC